GGCAUUCAUCACAACCGCCUGGUCACACUGCGCCGUUCCCGCCAAAAAAACUUUUGCAUUCGGCGUGCAAUUUGUGGCAUUAGUUUUGUUUGCAUUUGUGUUUGCCUGCGAACGGGUCGAAGCUGCUCCAGAGAGGAAUUCCAAAACAGUCCAGUGAACGCCGUGAUUGAUAGAAGCAGCACAAUGGCCCACGAGGGGGAACAGUUCAUCAAGGACAUACAGCGCGAGUAUGUGGACUUUCUGGACGACGAGGAGGAUCAGGGCAUCUAUGCGGGCCACGUCAAGGACAUGAUCGCGGAAAAGAGCAAGCGCCUGAUCGUGAACAUCAACGAUCUGAAGCGCAAGAAUCCGCAGCGAGCACUGGGCCUGCUGAGCAAUGCGGCGGAUGAGCAACUGGCCUUUGGCCGGGCGCUCAAGGAGUAUGCGUCCACCGUGGAUCCUGGCUAUGCCAAAAUGCACGAGGAUCUGUUUGUCGGCUUUGAGGGCUGCUUUGGCAAUCGGCAUGUGACGCCACGCUCCCUGACCUCCGUCUUUCUGGGCAACAUGGUCUGUGUGGAGGGCAUUGUCACCAAGGUAUCGCUGAUUCGUCCCAAGGUGGUGCGCAGCGUGCACUAUUGCCCCAAUACCCGCAAGGUUAUGGAGCGCAAAUACACCGAUCUCACAUCCUUUGAGGCUGUGCCCUCGGGCGCCGCCUAUCCCACAAAGGAUGAGGAUGGCAAUCUGCUGGAGACCGAAUACGGCUUGUCCGUUUACAAGGACCACCAGACGCUGACCAUUCAGGAGAUGCCGGAAAAGGCGCCGGCGGGCCAGUUGCCCCGCUCGGUGGACAUUGUGUGCGAUGACGAUCUCGUGGAUCGAUGCAAGCCCGGCGAUCGUGUCCAGAUUGUGGGCAGCUAUCGCUGUUUGCCGGGCAAACACGGUGGCUACACCUCGGGCACGUUCCGCACCGUGCUGCUGGCCAACAAUAUAUCGCUGCUGAGCAAGGAGAGCAAUCUGGACAUAUCGCGCGAGGACAUUAUGCUGUGCAAGAAGCUGGCCAAGAAUAACGACAUCUUUGAGCUGCUCAGCAAGAGCUUGGCACCGUCGAUACAUGGCCACGCUUACGUUAAGCAGGCCAUCCUGUGCCUGCUGCUCGGUGGCGUGGAGAAGAUCCUGCCGAAUGGCACACGUCUGCGUGGCGAUAUAAAUGUCCUGCUCAUCGGCGAUCCUUCGGUGGCCAAGUCGCAGUUGCUUCGCUACGUGUUAAAUACGGCACCGAGGGCGAUACCGACCACGGGUCGCGGUUCCAGCGGCGUGGGUCUAACGGCGGCGGUCACCACGGAUCAGGAGACCGGUGAGCGGCGUCUGGAGGCGGGCGCCAUGGUUCUGGCCGAUCGCGGUGUCGUCUGCAUCGAUGAGUUUGACAAGAUGAGCGACAUUGAUCGCACGGCCAUCCAUGAGGUGAUGGAACAGGGACGCGUGACCAUUUCCAAGGCGGGUAUCCAUGCCUCGCUCAAUGCUCGCUGCUCCGUUUUGGCUGCCGCUAAUCCGGUGUACGGAAGGUAUGAUCAGUACAAGACGCCGAUGGAAAACAUUGGACUGCAGGACUCGCUGCUAUCCCGUUUCGAUUUGCUCUUCGUUAUGCUGGACGUCAUUGACAGCGAUGUGGACCAGAUGAUUUCGGAUCAUGUGGUGCGCAUGCAUCGCUAUCGCAAUCCCAAGGAGACCGACGGUGAGCCCUUGUCCAUGGGCAGCUCCUAUGCGGACUCGUUGUCCUUUGUUUCCAGCAGCGAAGAGAAGAAAGACACCGAGGUGUAUGAGAAGUACGAUGCCUUGCUGCAUGGCAAAUCCCGCCAGCGCCACGAGAAGAUCCUGUCCGUGGAGUUCAUGCGCAAGUACAUACACAUUGCCAAGUGCAUGAAGCCCAAGUUGGGCGAGCAGGCCUGCGAGGCCAUUGCCAACGAGUACUCCCGCCUGCGCUCCCAGGAGGCGGUCGAAACGGACGUGGCACGCACGCAGCCGAUUACGGCCCGUACACUGGAGACCCUGAUCCGUUUGUCCACCGCCCAUGCCCGGGCACGCAUGUCCAAAUCGGUGACCAUUGAGGAUGCCCAUGCGGCCAUCGAGCUGGUGCAGUUCGCCUACUUCAAGAAGGUGCUGGAGAAGGAGCGCGGCAGCAAGCGACGCCGGAACAGCGAGUCCGAGGCGGAGGAUGAGAACGCUGAGCCGUCCAGCCAGCGAUCACCAUCGCUUCGCUUCAAACGGACACGCACAGCGCCCGUGGGCGCCGACAGUGACGAGGAGGAUAUUGAGACACCUCAGCCGGAUGCUGGCGAUCUGACGCGACGCGAGACCCGCCGUUCGCUGCCCGCCCGCUCGGCCGCCGCGCAGCUGGUCAGCUCCAGUGAGGAGCAAUCGGUGGCUGCCGCCACACCGCCAACGGAGCCGGCCUUCAUAAGCAAUGCCCGCUUGGGGGAGUUCAAGAACAACUUGCAGCGCCUGUUUCGCGAGGCACGCGAACAGAGCUUGGCGCUGGCCAGGAUCACCACGGCCAUUAACGAGGGCAGCCAGGAGCCGUUCACCGCUGGCGAAAUUGAGGCCGCCGUGCAUCGCAUGACCGAGGACAAUCAGAUCAUGGUGGCCGACGACAUUGUCUUUCUCAUCUAAUCUCGCAUUCCAACGAAUCAACCAUCGAACCACUGCAUCCAUUUUCCACUUUAACCCAACAUGUAUCGCUUAAGUUGUAUUUUUGUUUUAUAUUUAUAUGAUAAUAAACACUUUGGAAUUCA